GCGGAACAUCAGAUCUCGAAAGGCAGCUGUCAACCCCGAUUAACUCAAUUUCAUAACCGUUCUUGGAUAAGAGACUGGCGUUUACACGCCCCUCCUUAUUGCUUAGUCCCUUACCAGGCGCGCAUCAUACGCUCGUUGCAUAGGACAGAGCAGCUGCCACACAGAUUAAGUACGCCAUGACGAUUUCCAACGCGUCAACCGACACUCUCGAAUUUCCUCCAGACCUCCCGGUUGCGAAGCUGCAGACUAUCGAUUUGGGGAGCCUGCAAGCUGGUGACCAGGAUGCAGCUCAGUGUCUACUCGAGGCUAGUCGAAAGGAUGGUGUCUUCUACUUGAAUUUAGCAUCUGCGCAGAAGGAAAUUGUUCCGGUCCUGGAUUCUAUCUACGAGCUUUCAGAGGGACUCUUUGACCUGCCGCUCGAUGAGAAAUGUCUGUAUGAUGUGGAUCGGUUGGGUAAAAUGAAAUGCAAUGGGUACAAACCCGUGGGCCGUAAUUUUGGUGGGUUAGAAGGAAAGCGCGAUGGAUUCGAGACCUACGUGAUUCCCAAGAACGGGAUCCUGAGCCUAGACAAUCAGCAGGACUUUCCCCGCCCCCACCUAAUCGACCAAUACAUGAACACCCUGCAACAAUUUACCAACUUCGUCAACACAACCUCCCAGACCAUCUUCGACCAACUCUCCCACUCCCUACAGCUUCCCGACUCCGGAAACCUGAAGCGAUUCCACCGCCCGUCCGCCCCAUCGCCAGACAUCAUCCGUCUCCUCAAGUACCAGCCCCAGCCUGCCGAGCAGUGCGGAGUCCCGCACGCCGCCCACACCGACAUGGGCACGCUGACAUUCCUCUUCACCCGUCAGCCCGGUCUGCAGAUCCAGAAUCCAGGUGAGGAGUUUUGGAGAUGGGUGCUGCCGCGCGAGGGCCACGCCAUCGUCAACCUGGGUGACGGGCUCUCCCUGCUCACGAACGGCUACUUGCAGUCCUGCGUCCACCGCGUGGGGCCCCUUCCAGGUCGAGCUAUGCCGACCCGCUAUUCGUUCGCGUACAUGGUGCGCCCGGAAAAUGAGACGGUGAUGGCCGCGCCGCAGGCGGGCUGCAUUCCUGCUCGUGACCUCGAUGCGACGGUGCUGACGGCGCAGGAGUGGUUGGAGAAGAAGUACUCUGUGCUGCGGUUGGAUGCGCGGCCGGAUGAUCUGGUGUGGAUGAUGACGGGGCAGCAAGGGCUGUAGAGGUUUCACUGCGAUUGGAGGAGAUAUGAUGUACUAAUAGUAAGCUCUGAACAAGAUGGUGAGGUGUGACUGAUGUGUAUUCUUGGUUGUAAGGGCAUUUGCUU